ACAUCAGGUUGCCAUUUCCAUUCUAUCAAUGAAGUUUGAUUUUUUUUUAGCAACAACAAUAAGAAAGUAGGGUGGAAUAAAAAACCUGGCCAAAUCGCUCUGAAACCAUUUCAAACCCAUCCCCAAUUUCAAAUAGACAUGAAAGGCAAUGGAGUGAGGAAACGACUGGAGCAAUGCUUGAGGAGGAAAGGAGUGGUUGGAUCUGGAGGCUCAAUCUCUGCUCUGAACACCAUGGAAGUUGCAAACCCUAAGAAACGCAAGCGGGACAACUCCAUCGCACUCGACAGUGACAACGACCUUUCUCUCUUAGAAGCCAUUAAGAAAUCUCAGAGCACCGUCGAUGUGUUGGACAUCUGCACCCUCAAAAAACUAGUCUUCUCCUUCAAGCGUCGAUUCAAAAAGAACAUCAAGGCUUGCGUCAAGUACCAAAACCAGUUGGAGCACUUUGCGGACUCCGAGGUAGACCUCCAUGACGACCUCUGAAAGCUCAAGAUCCUCGCUAAAGCCCUCGAGCUAUACCCCCAACCUUGUCAAUCUG